UUAAAAUGACCAGACCAACCACUCAUCUAUCAGUACUCCGUUUUCACACUUUUUGUCUAGAUCCCUAAUUCUGCGAUUGAAAGACGAAGCAAUAUAGUGACUAGUGGGAGAGAGAGAUUCGCCGAACCCUAGUUUCAUCACAGAGAUCUGAAUGGAGCAUGACGCGGCCGACCAGACGCCUCCGUCCGAGGAGAUGGAGGCCCUAUCGGUACCCUCCUCAGAGCAUCAAGCUUCCCCUUCCACUUCCUCGAACUCCAUAACUCAGAUGAGUGCAGAGGAAAAAUUUAAGAUUGUGAGGAGUGUAGGAGAGGAGUGCAUACAAGAAGAUGAGCUCUUUAACCUUCUCUCCAAGAAGUCCCAACCUAUUUGCUAUGAUGGGUUUGAACCCUCCGGUCGAAUGCAUAUCGCUCAGGGAGUUAUGAAGAUAAUUAAUGUGAACAAACUGAUUUCUGCUGGUUGCAAAGUAAAGAUCUGGAUUGCAGAUUGGUUUGCACAGCUAAACAACAAAAUGGGGGGUGACUUGAAAAAGAUCCAAACGAUUGGACGUUAUAUGAUUGAGAUAUGGAAAGCUGUUGGGUUAAAUCUUGAAAAUGGUCAAGUAGAAUUUUUAUGGUCAUCAGAAGAAAUUAAUUCCCGGGCACAUGAGUACUGGCCCAUUGUAAUGGAUAUUGCUCGAAGGAACAAGCUUCCUAGGAUAUUGAGGUGUGUUCAGAUCAUGGGUCGCAAUGAGCAAGAUGAACUGACAGCAGCCCAGAUUCUGUACCCUUGCAUGCAAUGUGCUGACAUAUUUUUCCUAAAGGCUGACAUCUGUCAAUUGGGCAUGGAUCAGCGGAAAGUGAAUGUACUUGCAAGAGAAUAUUGUGAUGAUAUUAAGAGGAAAAACAAGCCUAUCAUAUUGUCUCAUCACAUGCUUCCUGGUUUGCAUGAAGGGCAAGAGAAGAUGUCAAAAAGUGAUCCAUCAUCUUCCAUCUUCAUGGAGGAUGAAGAGGCUGAAGUAAACUUGAAGAUAAAGAAAGCUUACUGUCCGCCGAAUGUUGUUGUGGGGAACCCAUGCUUGGAGUACAUCAAAUACAUUAUCUUCCCAUGGUUUAAUGAGUUCAAGGUUGAGCGCAGUGCAGAAAAUGGUGGUCAAAAGACUUUCAGCAAUUUUGAAGAACUGGUUGCCGAUUAUGAAAAUGGGAAAUUGCAUCCUCUAGACUUGAAAAAUGCUUUAUCAAAAGCAUUGAAUAAGAUAUUGCAGCCAGUGCGGGAUCACUUCAAUACUGAUGCUAAUGCCAAGGACCUACUGAAAAGGGUGAAGAACUACAAAGUCACAAGAUGAUGCAGAUUGGAAUUUGCACCCCGUUAUCCCUUGCACUGCUGUCUUAACACACAGCUAGAUUGAAUUUUGCUUUUUGUUAUACUCAACAAUACAUUAGGAUCCUCGAUGCCAAAUAAAGUGGAUGGAUAUUUUAUUUUUGGAAUAUAUCUACUUUUCCUUUGCUUAAAAACCUUGUGUAAUUUUGUUAUGUAACUUGAUAGUAAUGUGAUAUGAAGGGCCAUGCAGAAUGAAAAGGUUGCAUUUGAUUUA